CAAAAGUGAAACUCAUUUUGAUCGCCGUCACAUGGAUUCCACUGCUGCCUUUCUUCAUUUCUGUGUUCAAGACUUCUUCAGCAAGAUAACAAAGUCCAAAGAAACUACAUGCCGGGAAGCUGUUAUCCAAGAAAGGAGAGAUGCAGGUGCCAAGAUAGAUUGGAUUUCCGCUCAAAUGAUACUUCUUCGUGAUAUGUUCAACAACUACAGCCAAAACCACACGAAUACACUGCAUACGAGACUGUUUCCAGUAACAUCUUCAAUCGGUUACUCUCAUGAGAUCCUUCGACGUAGAGCCAUACACUACUUGCAUGAAAUGAAAUACACCUCAGUCGGACUGCACAAGAUCGCUCAAAGUCUCGAAGAAUUCAGUAAUCUGCAUGAAAGUAAUACAAGUGUGUCGUCAAUCAGAAUAUCACUGGAAAGAUAUGAAAUUCAACUACACGAAAUCAUUGAAGACAUGGAAGCCCAUCUGAAAGAAUUGGGUGAAACAGAUGGCUUUUCAAGAUUUCGAAUAACCGGUUUGAACCAACUCGCUGAAACAGUACAGAGGCGGAUUCGACAACUGCAGAAUCCAACAAACUGCCAAACUGCCAAAUAUAUUACAUUCGACUUUACGAAUUUAUGUGGAUUCGGAUGCUCUGUUCAUCAGCUAACUGCGUGCUUACAUAUGGCCUUUGAACAUAAACGAGUUCUGGUUUUGAAGAAGAACUCUCCUGGAGAUAUUUUUCGUGAAUGGCUUAAACAGAACACAAUACCACUCUCGGAGAAAUGUAGUUAUGAAGACUUGAAUGAUAAAACAGAUAUUAUCGAAUGUCCUCUGAAAGCAUAUAUUCCUUCAGACAAGGACUGGAUUCCAAACGUGUUACCUAGAGAUUUAGCUGAAAAAUUAAUAUAUUUGCAUGAAGCACCGUAUGCAUGGUUUGCUGGUCAAUUGACCGCAUACGUUUUGCGUCCGAACUUGCAUCUUUCUCAGCUAAUCAACCAAAGUUUGAGUGGAUUUAGGCGGAGUGAUCAUCCAGUGGUUGGUGUGCACAUAAGACGCACAGACAAGCUAAUUUGGGAAGCUCAAUCACAUGAUUUGGAAGAGUACAUGAAGCAUGUGGACGAUUAUUUCAAUUCAUUUGAGAAUACUACACCUCUUUUGAAGCCUGAAAUAUAUAAUUCGAAUGGCUACAAUUUGAAUAAUCACACAAAGGAUAUUGAACGUUUGACAUACAGAAACAGAAGUGUUUAUUUGACGACAGAUGAACCUUCUCUCUUCGACCAGUUCACCACAAAUCAUCCAAAUUAUAUUCUAUAUGGCAGUCAAAGAAGGUCGAUGUCAGCUGGUACUGAAAAUCGCAGAAGCAUGGAUUCAAUGAGUAAUGCAUUUACUGACACACUGGCCUUAUCAGAAACAGAUUUUCUGGUGUGCACAUUUUCAUCAAAUAUGUGUCGUCUGGCGUAUGAAUUAAUGCAGACCCGUCAUGAGAAACUGGGUGAUGCAUCACAACUGGUUAAAUCUCUCGAUAAUGUGCACCAUUCAGAGGAUUUCUCGAGAGUCAAAUUUGAGGUGCUGAUACCAGAUUUGAGAGCGGGACUGAACUAUGGCGAUUUGGUAAAUCUAUACAAAAAUCACUGGAACGGUUCCUCAUCCAACAUCCUCAUGUGGCGUAAUGAUGGCCGAAGUGGGGAUGGACAACAGAAAUUAUCGAGUGACAAGCAAGAAAAUUCAUUUAAUGCGCCUGCAUAUAAAUUCAGACCUGAGUUGAAAAUAACCAAUUUCAGCUGGUUGUAGAAGGGAAAAUCACCUUCAGGUGUAACGCCUUACAACUGUAAUCUCUGUAAUAUUUCUACCUUGAUUUCUUAUAUACUGACAUACACAAUAUGCGUUUCUCUUAUCUUUCAAGUGGAUUUGUGUAUUUGUGCGAGAAUGACUGUCAUUAAGAAGAGUUUAGUGUCUUCUUGUGUUUGUGUGUAUUCAUUGUCAUGACGAGAAAUUCCAUAUGGUUUGGGAGAAAUUGUGAUUGAGAUGAGUGAACUAGGCAUACUUCUAUAAGCAUUAGUGUAUUUCAACAUGCAGAUAUUGCCUUCUUUGAUUACUUGUUAUCCCUGUACGAUGGCAUGUUCGAGUAGAACUUGAAAUGAUGACUUUUACGCAGACGGGUUAUUGUUGAGAUAUUUUAGUCGUAUUUGCUUCAGUUAUUUAUAUGCGGAUAGAUUGGGAGUUCACAUCUGCAUUCGUGAUGCUUUUUCUUACUGAAGUAUGAACAGGCAUGAAAGCGACUAUUGUUGGUCUUCAUCCUAUAGUGAGAUUGGAUAUUCAAUAGUACGGAAUAAAUAUCUGCAUAUGAUAGUGAAUAAAAAGUCAUGAUUCAUGAAUCAUUCGC